CACUGCUGGACUGUGGAGCUGCAGCGUCUUCACUUCCAUCGAAUCAAUGGAGGCGGACCAGCAUUCCCUAAACACACAGAGAGAGAGAGAGAGAGAGAGAGAGAGAGAGAGAGAGAGAGAGAGAGAGAGGGGCAAGGCAGCUAGCUUGCAACGCUGACAGCGAGCUUUAGGCGGAGAUAGAAAGAGAGAAGCCUACAUCUUUACACCACACACGAGGGGACGCCUCUAGUAAAACACACAAGAAAACUCGAGUGGAAAACGGAGUGGAAAGGAGAAACUGUGUUGCAAUAAUAACACUGCCUGGGAUCAGCGCUGUUGAGGACGGUGCACUGUUCGUUUAUUUAGCGGGGCUUUGUUUUGUAAGUUAUACGCUAAAUACCCAUACCGAUACAAUCAUAAAACAACGAACACGGGCUAAUAGGCUUAAUUUGACUGCUGCCUUACACACGAGCACCAUGAAGCUUCCGUGCUGGAUUGCGGUCGGGUCCAUUGUACUGGCUUUGAGCGACGUCGCAUCGGCGUACCGCUGGAGGCGAGGGUCGGAGGAGAGCACCCCAGAGGACCAGGAGAGCUCCGGGGGCGAUGACUUCUUCGACGAUGAGGAUCGCUUCUCAGGCUCCGGCUCCGGCUACCCCGAGCCGGAUGUGGAGGUGAGGAGCGAGGUGCUGUUCAGGACGGAGGAGCCGGUGCUCGUCUCCACCACCCAGGCCCUGUCCCCAGCCCCCUCCGCUCCCCCAGCAGCCCUGCCAGUGCAGCCCACACCGGAGGAGACCAGUACCAUCCCCAUGGCAACCACCACCUCCGUGACAACCACAGUGAGGCAAGCCCCGCCCACCACGAGCUCCGGCCCACCCAAAAGCACCACGCAGGAGCAGGAGGUGGUGCUGGGGCCAAUCGGAGGAGAGGAGGAGGAGGAAGAGGAAGAAGAAGAAGAGGAGGAGGAGGAGGAGGAAAGCACAACAGUGGCUCUCACCACAGAGCCCAUUACAGAACCUACCACAGAACCCUCCACCACCACCACCACCACCACCACUAGAGCCCCCCGCAGGCGCACCCCUGCCCCCACAACCACAUCCCCUGCCACGCUGCGGCCCCGGGCCCCUGCCACACCUCCUCCCUCCCCGUCUCCGCAGCCUGACUCCUCCUCUGAGACCCCCAGCAGCCCAGCUCUCCGCCCCGCAGUGGAGACAGAGAACUGGGGCGGGGUGUUGGACACGACGGUCAGUAACGAUGUGGGCGGGGCCGGGCCCAGCGGAGACUUCGAGAUCCGGGAGGAGGAGGAGCUUAACAACAACAAGGUCAUGAGGGCCGUCACCAAGCCGACGGUCAAGAAGGCGGAGCCUGACCUGCUCGGCAACACCAUCGACACAGGCAGCUCCGCCGCUCAGCUUCCCCAGAGGAACAUCCUGGAGAGGAAGGAGGUGUUGAUAGCGGUGAUCGUGGGUGGAGUGGUGGGCGCUCUCUUCGCUGCCUUCCUGGUCAUGCUGCUCAUCUACCGGAUGAAGAAGAAGGACGAGGGCAGCUACACGCUGGAAGAGCCCAAGCAGGCCACCGUCAGCUACCAGAAACCAGACACACAGGAGGAGUUCUACGCAUAGCCGACGGCAGGACUGUGAACUUUCUUUAAGUGAAACAAACAAAAAAAACUAAAUAAAACAAAAUGUAUAAAUAAAUAGAUAAAGUAAAGAAAAGAAAGCUCUUUUUAAACCUGUCCCUGCGCAGUUUUGAUGGGUCUCCCAGCACAGUUCCAUUGAGAGU